UCCAUGGCCGAGAUUGCGCCGACCGUCGAGAAGCACUUGGAGCCGCCGCAUCAUGUGCUCCUCGAGACGCCCAGAUCGGACUGUUUCGUCGGCAACGGCCAUCCUCCAAUGCACCUGCAGGCGGUCGACGACCAUGACGUGUACGACGAGCCAGCGUCGGGCGCAUUGGCCUGGCUGCGCGGGUACGCGGCCAAGAUGCGCGGGCGCGACGACCUGCCUGCGCUCAAGGAGGUCAACCCGGCCCUCGAGUUCUUCGUCUGCGACCGCAAGACGCUGCCGGCCCUCGCCAAGGUGCCGGACCUGACAUCGAAGAAGGCGCGCGUGCUCUGGUGGUCGUUUCUGAGCAGCUUUGUCGGUAUCGCGAUCCUCGCGGCGAUGCAGUACAGCGCGAGCAUCUACCUCUACCCGUCCGACCAGAAGAUCACGACGCUCAUCGGGUCCUUUGGCGCCAUGUCCAUCCUCGUCUUUGGCGCCGUCGAAGCGCCGCUCGCGCAGCCCCGCAAUGCGAUUUUGGGCAAUACGCUCUCGGCCUUUGUCGGCGUUGCGAUCGCCAAGGUGCUCUACACGGCCGAGAACAUUGACGAGUACAUGUGGGUCGCCUGCGCGCUCUCCGUGUCGCUCUCCAUGGUCGCCAUGCAGCUCACGGACACGGUGCAUCCGCCCGGCGGCGCCACCGCGCUCAUCGCGGUGACAUCCGGCCAAGACAUUCAGCACCUCGGCUUCUUCUACGCGAUCUUUCCCGUCUUUGUCGGCAGCUGCAUCCUCGUGGGGGUCAGCGUCGUCAUGAACAACAUUGAGCGCCAAUUCCCGCGCUACUGGCUCGUUAGUACUUGAGAGUCCUCGUCCUCUAAUGUAAUCUCGUUGCUUGCUUCUCUC